AUGUGCGUCGUGAUCGAAAACUAUACCAAACGCGUUGAAACUGGGCUCAGAAUGGACGAAGACGACUGGCAGGGAAAUCCCAACCAGGUCCAAAUACAGGACCUCAACCAGAAGCUCGCGGUGAAGGAGAUCGAGCUCAAGGAGAUGGAAGAGAGUAUUCGGCACCUCCAGAUGCGCAAGGAGAAGAUUAUGCAGGAGGCUGAGGAACUUAGACGAUCGCUGCGUGUUCUCAGGGCGCCCAUAACGAACAAAGGCAAAAGCAAGGCGCAACAGACCAUUAAUUACGCUGAAGACGAGUUCGACUGGUCUAAUGCGCUACAGUCUCGAAUGAAGAAGAUGUUCAAUAUUGAUAACUUUCGCCAUUGUCAAAGAGGGGUUUGCAAUGCGAACAUGGACAGAAGAGAUAUCGUCUGCGUUAUGCCGACAGGUGGAGGAAAGUCUCUGACAUACCAACUACCCGCUCUCCUCACCACGGGGUGUACAAUCGUCAUAUCCCCCUUGUUGGCUCUGAUCACCGACCAGGUUCUUCAUUUGCAAGAGCUGGGAAUUGCCGCUGCCAUGCUGACAGGUGAAACUCCGAGUGCAGAGAAGAAAGACGUGGUGCAACGGCUGAGGAACCUUGCAAACCCUCAGAAUAAAGGAGAAGAUCUCAAAUUCGUCUACGUCACUCCCGAGAAACUGGUGAAAGACAACUCCUUCAAGGGCCUUCUAACGAAACUUGCUGCGGCGGGAAGACUGGCGAGAUUCGUGAUCGAUGAGGCUCAUUGUGUCAGUCAGCUGGGACACGACUUUCGCCCCGACUACAAGGAACUCCAUAUUCUGCGGAAACUGUAUCCACAUGUCCCGAUCAUGGCGCUCUCUGCAACAUAUGCGAAUAUGGACGGGACCGUCUACUUUUCCUCACCGCUAUACCGCAAAAAUUUACAUUACAAGGUUGUGCCAAAACCCGCCACUUCAGCCGCCACAUAUCAAGCUAUCGUGGACUACAUCCUCGCUGAACACCCCAAUGAAACUGGCAUCAUUUAUUGCUUUUCUCAGAAGCUGGAAUACACGUCAUUCAAGGACACCGAGAAUUGCGCAGAGAAGGUCCAAGAGCUCAGCAACGGCAGAAUCCGCACUGGGUACUAUCACGCCAGACUUGACGCCCCAGCAAAGAUCAAGCUACACAGCGACUGGAGAGUGGGUCAUGUCAAGGUCGUCUGUGCAACCAUUGCGUUUGGUCUCGGAAUCGACAAGGGAGACAAAUCAGUCGACGGCUACUACCAGGAGUCCGGACGAGCCGGUCGAGAUGGGAAGGACUCGGACUGCGUGUUGUAUUACCGCCCUCAGGAUAGCGUGGCCGUGGGCUCUCUGGUAGGCAGUGCCGCCAACGGGAUCCAGAAACUACACGAAAUAAUCGACUUUGUCGACAACCUGGUCGAAUGCCGCAAGAUCCAAUUCGCAAACUAUUUCCGUCAUUCCGUGCAAAUGUCCAUCAGCUCGUGGUCGACAGCGGAGAAGGACGCGCUGGACCGGUGCGGGCAUUGCGACAACUGCCUGCGCGAUCCAGCCUCGAUCGAGAAGCGGGACGUGACGCUGGUGAGCUGGCAGAUACUCAAGAUUGUGCAGGAGAUGAAGAAGCUGGGGAAGAAGAUGACGUUGAGCCAGUUGGCGACGCUUGCGAGAGGUAAAGGGAAGAGUCAGGUGGAGGUGAAUACGGGGAGGGGGAGGAGGAAGACGAAGGAGGUUAUGGAUGUUGAUUUGGAUAGCGUGUGUGGCGGCCCGGCUCAGGAUAUAUCUGCGAAUGACAUUGAACGGGUCAUCGUCCGGCUCUUGCUCGAUGGGUAUCUCGAAGAGGAAUUCAAGGCCACGAGUUACUCCAUCAACGUGUACCUCACUCUCGGCCAGCUCAAGGGAGCUCUGGUCCAUACAAGACGCGAAGACAUCGAACGGGGCGCGAGUAGGACGAAAAUCGAGAUGACAUUUGUGAAACCGGAAACGAAGACACGCAAGUCGAAGACGAAGGCUACUAGUAAUACCACCGGCGAAACGGAUGGAAACGCGAAGAAAGGGUCGACUUUGAAAACGAAAACAACAGCCCAAGGUUCAAAUACGAAUGGAGGGGGAAAGCUAAGACAGACCCAGUUGCAGAUGCGAGUGGAAGAAGAAAGCGAACAGGAGGAGUAUAUUGAUAUUUAUGAAGGUCUGGAUGAGGAUGAGGAGAGUGAUGAAGCGUAUGGGGAAGACGAGGAAGAGCCUGCGCCGCCCACGCGAGCUGCCCAAUCACGGAAGCGAUCGCAUGGGCGAGGUGCUGUGGAGCCGGAGGUGAUAGAGGUGUUGGAUUCGGAUGAGAUCGUCAGUCCGAGCGAGAGCGAGGAGGAUGACGAGUGGCUGUUUAAUCAACGAGGCAAGCCGAAACCGCCACCGAAGAAGAUUCGCAAAGUCGAGAGCGGAUCGAGUGGAAUGCAAAAUGGGAGGUCGAAAGUGGGAAGUGGAGGUCGUGGUGGAAGACGGACGAUUCUGAGCGAUGUAGACGAGGACGAAAUCAUGGUGCUAUCUUCAGACUAG